UUCACAUAUCAUAAUAAUCAUCAUCAUCCCAUCGCCUUUUGCUCGCGUGCUGUUUUCGUGGCCGAGGUUUGUUUCAGAGAACGGAGUGACAUUGUGAGAGAAGGCAAAAGAACGAAAAGGGUAGCUCCCAUUGUAUGUCAUCCAUUAUUGCCAUCUGCCACCUGCGAUCCCGCCUUCCCCUCUACAUCAUUGAACGAAUAUCAAUCCAUCCUUCCAUCCGACUCGCCCAAGUUAGCAAGCAAUCUAUCCGAAACCUCUCAGCCUUACCCCGAGAUAAUUCUCACCCACUCACAAACGCGCAUAUUACAUACAAGACACCAACCCACUGCGUCCUUAACCCGCAUAUAUACAACCACACCUCGCCCAUCUUUCCACGAAGAUACAUCCAAAGGAAAAAUCGUGGACACACCCUUCAAGUCUAACCGAAAAUAUUCCAUUGCUAAAUCCUACAACCACGUCUCGACUCGAAGCCGAUCACCAGGACCGAGACCAUCUACCACCGGCCUCUGUCCCCUCCUCUCUCCCAAUGCCUAUCUUAAUCACCUACGCGACCUGUCAUGGCUCGACGCGAGAAGUGGCCGAGCGUAUUGCCUCACGUCUCCACGCUGAUGGCUUUGCCGUCGACUGCAGAUCUGUGGACCACGUGUACAGCGUGGAGAACUACAGUGCCGUCAUCCUGGGGAGCGCCGUGCACGGGCAAAAGUGGCUGCUGGACGCGCAGAAGUUCCUCGACAUCGAAGCCAUGGGUCUUCAGAUGAAGCCCACCUGGACCUUCAGCGUUGGCAUGGCCCCGGCCGUCGGCUCGAAAUGGAUCCGAGACCGAGCCGUGCGCCGCGAGUCACGCCAGAUCGAGGAGAUCGUCCUGAGGAAGUUGCCCAAAGUCCGGGACCACCGUCUGUUCGCGGGAAAGGAUGACGGUUCAGAGACUCCCGCGCCCGUUCGAUGUCUCUGGAGCUGCAUCGGUGGGCGUUGGGGGGAUUACCGCGACUGGGCUCAGAUUGACGAAUGGGCGGAUAUCAUCGCAAAGGAAUUGAAACUCGAGGGCAUAUAAGCCACUAGCAACAAGAGCUGGAACUCUGUGAUUGUGUGUUUUUUUGAUUGGCGGCCAUUUUGAUCAAAUUUCAAGUCACCUUGACAGUCUGCUUUCGCAUUGAAUUUGCCGGAGUUGCUUGGGAUAACACUGCAGCGUUCACCAUGACACGACUCUGUGAUGAGAAUGAUUUGAAUACCCCAGAUGUACCGGGCAAGCAGCCUGCAUGUUACAUCUUGUGCUAUUUUUGGAUAGCUUUGAAAUACCGACUACUUUAUCCUUUGUCG